AUGGGACAAACUAUUGAAACUUAUGUGUUUCUUGAUUUCGAAACUACAGGGCUUAUCAAGUCCUAUUCACCAAGGGUUUAUGCUAUCGAUCAACCCGACAUAUAUAUCCGAAACUUUAAGUCUUUUAUAGAAAAAGAAAAUGUUGUUUAUCCGAGAGUUACUGAGAUCGGUAUGGUAGCUGUGGAAAGAAGUGAUUUUGAAUUGGCAUUCUCGAAGAUCGGAAACAAAAAGAUUUUCGAAUCCAUCCCUCGCUCUGUUUUCCAACGUCAUGUAAAUCAUGGGCUUACAGAAGACGAAUUAAAAAAACAUUUAUGUGGAAUAAAACCAGCACCGGAAGUGUCUACAUUUUCUGAGGAAAGAUGUUUUGGAGAAGAGUGGCCCGCUAUCACAAAGUUUCUGGAUGGACUCAAAAAACCUCUUUGCUUUGUAGCUCAAAAUGGGUUGAAGUUCGACUAUCCAAUUUUAAGAGAGGAAUUGAAAAGAGCUGGAAUAGAUGGCGCAGAAGCUUUAGGAGAUUGCUUCUUCGCAGACAGCCUGCAUGCUUUCCAAACAAUUGAUCGAGACUAUUUGAAACGUAUCCACGAGAUUAUGGGUUCUACGAACUCCACCAACGAUAAAAAUCAGUUGGAAUCCGAUGAUCCUUUUUGUGAUUUGAAAAUCAACGACUGGCCUUUGGCUAUCAGAGCUCGUUUCAGAUCUUUAUUCAUACGCAAAGACAAUUGUGAUUGGAGCUUCAACGAGAGCUCAUACAAAGAAUUGAAGAAGUUUAGUCAAGGAAAGUUAUAUGAAGCUAUCUUCGGCGAGACAUUCGAUGCUCACAUCGCUGUCAACGACUGUAUAGCUCUACUGAGGUUAUGCUUGGCGUUUAAUACUGUGGAUUACUUCGACAAAGCGUCAGCACAGCUUUUCAACUUGUAA